UUGCAAAUCGAAAAAGAGAACUAAAUUCAAAUAAAAAUUUCAGUUCGAUUUCGUACGUUUUGCCAAUUUGUGUCGAGUUACUUGUGGAAUCCGAGCCGGGACGAGAAAAACUACACAUCUACUUAAUUUUGUCUAAUUGUCCGUCAUUGGCAUGUUGGGUUCCUUUGGACUCUAACGCUUUUUCUAGUCAUCAGUAAAAAGUGAUCUCCUUCCAUAGUAAUAAAUAUAUUUAAAUAAUAUUCACAAUUAAAAUCGCAAAACAUUCCAAAGGAAAAUUACUCCUCCUUUCUGAAAAUUCCUCUUUCGAAUCAAGUUAAAUUACUCUCGAUAUUAAAUUUGCAUGUAAAAUGUCGUCUUCAAAACAGCCGCAACAAUUUGCAAUCUUGCCUAAAAUCAUCAAUGGCGGUAUUGCCGGUAUCAUUGGUGUGUCAUGUGUAUUUCCACUGGAUUUGGUGAAGACUCGUCUACAAAAUCAACAAAUCGGACCAAAUGGAGAGAAGAUGUAUAAGAAUAUGUUUGACUGCUUCCGCCAGACAUAUCGUGCUGAAGGAUACUUUGGCAUGUAUCGUGGUUCUGCUGUCAAUAUUCUGUUAAUUACCCCAGAAAAAGCCAUUAAACUAGCUGCCAAUGAUUUUUUCCGUUAUCACCUUACCAAAGCUGAUGGUAAACUUCCAUUAACUCAUCAAAUGGCGGCCGGUGGGCUGGCUGGUGCCUUCCAAAUCAUCGUUACCACUCCAAUGGAAUUAUUAAAAAUUCAAAUGCAAGACGCUGGACGUGUUGCAUCUCAAGCCAAAUUAGCUGGAAAAACAAUCCCCAAAACCUCUGCUUCACAAAUUGCUGGCCAAUUAAUCAAAGAGAAGGGUAUAUUUGGUUUGUAUAAGGGAAUCGGUGCAACUGGUUUGCGAGAUGUUUCUUUUUCGAUGGUUUAUUUCCCAUUAUUUGCAACAUUAAACGAUCUUGGACCAAGAAAAGCCGAUGGAUCAGGAGAUGCUGUUUUUUGGUGCUCCUUUUUAUCUGGAUGUGCUGCUGGUUCUACGGCUGCUUUGGCUGUUAAUCCAUUUGAUGUGAUUAAAACCCGCCUUCAGGCUUUGAAAAAAGCCGAAGGGGAGAAAGAAUUCAAAGGAAUUGGUGAUUGUAUUGCAAAAACACUCAAGCACGAAGGACCAACUGCAUUCUUCAAAGGUGGCCUAUGUCGAGUGAUUGUUAUCGCACCACUCUUUGGUAUUGCCCAAAUGGUGUAUUUCUUAGGUGUAGCCGAAACAUUACUUGGCCAGAAAAAAGACUAAAUCAAUUACAAAAUUGUUAUUUCACCAAAUUGAAAAGCAUACAAGUCAUCCACCCAAAAUAUGUGUAGUCAUAAUAAUAUACCUACAUAAAUGCGUGUGUUAUAUUUAUUAAAACGAAAUAACUUUGCAAAGCAUUUAAAAGAGAAAUAUAAAGCAUGGAGUUUUAUGUGUGUUAUAUGCCAUUUUUUGUUUAAUUAAAUAAGUAUGUUAAAUGUUCUCAUUCUCAAUACAUAAAUACAAGCAAACAAUUAUUAUUGUACGGGCAUUAAGCCAUUAAAUAAAUGUUUUAUUAAAUUAAGAACACCGCUGCCUGCCGUGUAGUAGAGCGAUAAACAAUUAUUGCAUUCAAUAUAAAAUAUUGUUGUAAUUAAACUGUUUAAAUAAUAUUGCACUUAUACACUGAAAAAAAUAUGACAAUAAAUUUCAUGCCACGAACAAAAAAGUCGAUUAAUAGUUAAUUCAUGAGAGCAAUUAUUUUUUAUGAAAAUACAACAAUUCUUACAUUUGCAUACAAAAAAUAAACUUUUUAAUAUUGAUAUGAAUUAUAAAUACCAAAUGAAUAUAAUGAAACAUUUAAAAAAUUUAAUUUCACUCAAAAAUCUAAUGGUAACAUUAUGAAAAAGCAGCCGUCUUAAAAUGUCGUGCGUGUUUUUUUCUGGUAACCUAUGUAUAUUUUGGUUUGAGUACAAUUGUUAUUAUAAUUUUCUUAUAUUUAAAAAUGUAACUGUUGUGUGUAAUAAUAAACAAGAAUUUCACCUCAUAAAUAUAGCUCAUACAUAAAUAAAUAUACGUUAGUAAUGUUCAAAAUUGAAA